GUUCAGCUCCAACCAAUUUAGUUGCUUUAACAAAUACUAGUAUUUCAUAAAUUAAAAGAAAAGAAAAUUUUAUUAAAAAAAAAAAAUAAUACUUAAUCUUAAUCUUAAAGGAAUAAAACGACGUCGCACAUACAAACAUAGAAAAAGUCCCAAAAUCAUUUUUUUGGUUCAUAGCAAAGCAGAAAAAAACUCACAAGUCACCAUUGAAGAUUCUUCAUUUGUAAGAAGCUUCAGUUCAUUGUAUUCCUCCGCCAUUAAAUUGUUGAAUUAGGUUUAUCCGUUGUUUCGUCAGACUUUUCACACUAAAGUAGCUCCUUUUUGCAAUUCAAAGGAGCAAGAAAGGGGAUUUAUGCCACGAUACAAAGAUGAACCUCCUGCUGUUCGUGUAUAUACCGUCUGUGAUGAAUCAAAGUACUUGAUUGUGAGGAAUGUACCAGCACUGGGGUGUGGUGAUGAACUUAAACAACUUUUUGCAACAUAUGGAGAAGUUGAAGAUUGUAAACCUAUGGAUGCGGAAGAGUGUGAGGCAUUUACCGAUGUCUACUGGAUCAAAUUUCACAUGAUCAGCAAUGCCAGGUUUGCAAAAAGAAAGCUAGAUGAGUCUGUUUUCCUUGGAAAUCGGCUGCAGGUGUCAUAUGCUACUGAGUACGAGACUCUGUCUGACACAAAAGAGAAGUUGGAAGGCAGGAGAAAGGAGGUUCUGGGACGAUUGAAGUCAGGAAGAUCUAGAGGUCAUGAAAUGCAAAGUAUAGGUGUUAGUAAUCCUCCCUUGUUACACGGAUCUCCCUCACAAGUAUCUCAACAAUUAGACAUAAAGCAAGGAUGUUACCCCAAAGAAAUGGAUCAACUUUCUAAGGUAGAUCCUUCGUUAAUCACCAGGGUGUCCUCUGAUCAGGAUUAUUUCCCAUUGCAGUCAAUGAAUGAAACAGUUAGAAGGGUGAGAGAGAAGCUCGAUAAGAUAGAAUCAACUUCUUCAAAUAUGCAAUCUGGCCAGGCUUCAAAGAAAAUGCGAGUAGAUAAUAGAAGGAGGAUAUGACUGCCCUCUUUUUCUGUCUUAUGCAGUUUGUCGAUUGGUCGAGUCUCCUGUAAAUUAGACAGUCCUCUGAUAUUCUGAAGCGCUGGUUUUUUACUGAGUAAUGACUUGGUGGAUGUUAGGCUGUGUAAAUUUUGAUUUAUACAUGUAAUGACAUUUUUUAAUGAGAAAUUUCGUAGUUCAUCUAUAUUUUUGAA